AUGAAGCUCCUGCCUGUUGUCCCUCUCCUCCUGCUUCUCCUGACAACACUGGAAGCCAGACCAAAAUCUGCAGCACUGAAGUGCAGGACGGGUCCCCUGGAUGUUGUGUUUGUGAUCGACAGCUCCCGCAGCGUGCGCCCCUUUGAGUUCGAGACCAUGCGGCGAUUCAUGAUGGACAUCAUCGGCAACCUUGACGUGGGCCCCAACGCCACACGGGUGGGGGUGAUCCAGUACUCCAGCCAGGUGCAAAACAUCUUCUCCCUCAAGACCUUCUUCACACGGGCAGACAUGGAGAGGGCCAUCAACAGCAUCGUCCCGCUGGCCCAGGGCACCAUGACGGGUCUGGCCAUCCAGUACGCCAUGAACGUGGCCUUCACCACGCAGGAGGGCGCGCGCCCUCUGCACAAGAGGAUCCCCCGCAUCGCCAUCAUCGUGACGGACGGGCGGCCCCAGGACCGUGUCACCGAGGUGGCCACCCAGGCCCGGAACGCUGGCAUCGAGAUCUACGCCGUGGGAAUCCAGCGGGCGGACAUGAACUCUCUGCGGGCCAUGGCCUCCCCACCGCUGGAGGAGCACGUCUUCCUGGUGGAGUCCUUUGAGCUCAUCCAGCAGUUUGCCAAGCAGUUCCAGGACAGGCUUUGCGGGGUGGACAUGUGUGUGGAGCGGGAGCACGGCUGCCAGCACAGCUGCAUCAGCACCCCUGGCUCUUUCUACUGCGAGUGCAACCCAGGCUACAGGCUCAAUGUGGAUGGAAAGACCUGCUCCCCCAUCGAUGCGUGUGCAGACGGGAGACACGGCUGUCAGCACCACUGUGUCAGCGUGCGGGGCUCCUACUCGUGCCGCUGCCGGCCAGGCUACUACCUCAGCCAGAACAAGAGGAGCUGCACCAUGAUUGAUUACUGCAGCUUCGGAAACCACAGCUGCCAGCACGAGUGCGUGAGCAUCCCCAACGGGCACUACUGCCGCUGCCGCAGCGGCUUCACGCUCCAGCCUGACAGCAAGUCCUGCAGGGCCACCGACCUCUGCAACGGGGUGGAUCACGGCUGUGAGUUCAAGUGUGUGAGCACGGAGGGCUCCUACCACUGCAUGUGCCCUGAGGGCCAGCAGCUCCAGGCCGAUGGCAAGACAUGCAGCAAGUGUGGAGCUGGGCACGUCGACCUUGUGAUGGUGAUCGAUGGCUCCAAGAGCGUCCGGCCCCAGAACUUUGAGCUGGUGAAGCAGUUUGUGAACCGUAUUGUGGACCUGCUGGAGGUGUCCCCCCACGGCACACGGGUGGGAUUGGUGCAGUACUCCAGCCGCGUGCGCACCGAGUUCCCCCUCAACAAGUACCACAGCGCUGAUGAGAUCAAGAAGGCGGUGAUGGAUGUGGAGUACAUGGAGAAGGGCACCAUGACAGGCCUUGCCCUCAAGCACAUGGUGGAGCACAGCUUCUCUGAGCUGGAAGGUGCCAGGCCUCUCUCCCACAACAUCCCCAGAAUCGGGCUGGUCUUCACAGAUGGACGCUCCCAGGAUGACAUCUCUGAAUGGGCCAGGAGAGCAAAGGAAUCAGGGAUUGUCAUGUUUGCCGUGGGUGUUGGAAAAGCUGUGGAAGAAGAGCUGAGAGCCAUCGCCUCUGAGCCAGUGGAGCAGCACUUCUCCUAUUCAGCAGACUUCACCACCAUGACCCACCUGGUGGAGAACUUCUCCCUGAAUAUCUGCCCAGAGGAGGGCAAAGGGGAGACGGAGAUCCGCAGCCCGUGUGAGUGUGAGGCGCUGGUGCAGUUCCAGACGAACACCGUGGCCAUCCUGCAGAGCCUGACCGAGAAAAUUGCUCAGAUGACAGCCAGACUCGAAGACUUGGAAAAGCAGAUUGCCAACAAGAAGUGA